ACGUCGACUCAUCUCCCAGAGAUCAUCUUUGGAGACCCUGGAAGAUAUUGAGGAGAAUGCCCCUCUCCGGAGAUGUCGAACACUCUCAGGUUCUCCCAGACCAAAGAAUUUUAAGAAGAUUCAUUUUAUCAAGAACAUGCGACAGCAUGAUACCAGGAAUGGCAGAAUAGUCCUUAUCAGUGGCAGAAGAUCCUUCUGUAGUAUAUUUUCCGUGCUGCCGUAUCGAGACAGUACCCAAGUCGGGGACCUGAAAUUGGAUGGAGGGAAACAGUCAGCAGGGGCUAUGAGCCUGAAGGAGAUCAUUGGCCUUGAUGGUGUGGAGCUGGGUGCUGACGGGAAGACAGUGUCCUAUACCCAGUUUCUAUUACCUACAAAUGCCUUCGGAACCCGGCGAAAUACCAUAGACUCCACCUCCUCCUUCUCCCAGUUCCGGACCCUGAGCCACCGCAGCCUCUCAAUAGGCCGGGCCAGCAGCACCCAGGGGAGCCUGGAUGCAGGAAGUGAUCUGGGAGACUUUAUGGACUAUGACCCAAAUCUCCUGGAUGACCCCCAGUGGCCUUGUGGCAAGCACAAGCGGGUCCUGACUUUCCCUUCAUACAUGACCACGGUGAUUGACUACGUGAAGCCCUCAGAUCUCAAGAAGGACAUGAACGAAACCUUCAAGGAAAAGUUUCCUCACAUCAAGUUAACACUCAGCAAAAUCAGGAGUCUGAAGAGAGAGAUGCGGAAGCUUGCCCAGGAGGACUGCGGCUUUGAGGAGCCCACCGUGGCCAUGGCCUUUGUCUACUUUGAGAAGCUCGCCCUCAAGGGGAAACUGAAUAAGCAGAACCGGAAGCUCUGUGCCGGAGCAUGCGUGCUGUUGGCAGCCAAGGUCGGAAGUGACCUCAAAAAGCACGACGUCAAGCUUCUGAUUGAUAAACUGGAAGAGAAGUUCAGACUGAACAGGAGAGAACUGAUUGCCUUUGAAUUUCCAGUGUUGGUGGCCUUGGAAUUUGCACUUCAUCUGCCAGAGCAUGAAGUCAUGCCCCACUACAGACGCCUGAUCCAGAGUUCCUAGCACAGGCCCCAGGAGGGCCAGGGACUGCUUCCUCCCAGUGCACGGCGGAGCCUCGCUUACUACCGGAGAGCGGAGCUGGGCCCGCCAAGCCGAGUCUCCUUGUUGCUUCAUUUUCAUGGAGAAGCCUGGAACUUGCUAGGAGACAUUGCUCAGGCUUGACAAAAGGAGGUGUGUGCUGGGGGUGACGGAGGCCCGCUCUCCCUCCCUGAAGCUUCUCAGGGCCUUUACUGCAGACUGGGUCUGACUGGGAGCGUGCUGCACUGGAACAGGGGGAACGAGAUGUGCAGGAUUUGGGGGAGCUGCUCAAAGUCCCCUCUCCCUGUGUCAAGAGCGUGCCAAUCUAUUUUUAUAUCUGCCUUCGGAAGUGCACUUUCCCUGGGCACAAGGGUGUGGGUGUGCAAGUGUCUGAGAGGCACUGUUACACUUGACCCCCCAAAGCCAAUCCCCACCUUCUAUGGAGCUGACUUGUUAUGAUUUCUAGGUAAUGACUCAGAUCCAGAGUGACAUCUCUGCUCUUCGGAAAUAGCACUGUUUAUGAGACUGUACCUGCCACUCACUGGACAGAGGCAACAGUUCUCAACAGUAGGAUAAGUCACGUGCAGAGUGGCGCGCUCUGAACUUCCUGCCGUCACAC